AUGCCGGGCGAAAACGUCGUAGUCAUCGGUGCUGGUGUCAUCGGUCUUAGCUCAGCUAUCAAGCUCCAGGAGCUGGGCUAUCAAGUGACCAUUGUCGCCAGGGACCUGCCCGGUCCGUUCGAGUCCGUUGAUCCUAAGGGACAAAUCAACUUCACCUCGCCAUGGGGAGGAGCGCACAACCGCUGGGUUCCGCCUGCAGGAGGAGUGAACGAUGUGCGAGAUCACUGGUACUCGGUUGAGACCUUCCACGCCAUGGCUGCGCUCGCCAAGGCUCACCCCGAGGCCGGUAUCACGUUUCUGAAGGGAAUCGAGUACCUUGAGAAGCCCGGCCCUGAGUACCAGGAGCUGACGGAGGAGAAGGCUAAAGAGCUACGUUUGAUUGACUGGCGCCGUCUCAAACCUGAAGAGCUACCGCCUAAGGUCACCUGGGGUUGUGAAUAUAAGACGUGGUGCGUCAAUCCGGCAGUAUAUUGCCCCUUUCUACUGCGGAGGUUCACCUUCAGAGGCGGCAAGACCGUGAAAAAGGAGAUCCGGGAGCCCAAGGAGAUAUUCUCGAUGAAGGACCUUCCGGUGUCGGGCGAGAUCAGCUACGUGGUGAACUGUUCCGGCAAUGGCUUUAGUGACGACAAAGUCUUCAUCACACGGGGUCAAACCUGCCUUGUAGCCAACACAGCAGAUGCCACCGUCACGAGACAGAAUGCUGAUGGUAGCUGGACAUUCAAUGUGCCUCGAUUUUUCGAGGGCGGCACCAUCAUUGGAGGCACUAAGGAGGUCGACAAUUGGGACACCGAGCCAUCUCUUGAACUCCGGGAGACGCUUCUGAAGAAUUUCGCUGCUACGUACCCUAAGAUACUGGGCGAGCACGGCAAGAUGGUUCCAAUCAAGGAUAUCGUUGGCAGAAGACCAACCCGACAUGGCGGUGCAAGGAUAGAAACAGAACUACUGAAGCUCGGAUCGAGCUCGAAACCAAAGACCAUUGUCCAUGGAUAUGGACUUGGAGGACGAGGAUAUGAACUGUCAUGGGGAGUGGCUAAUGCUGUGGCGAAACUGGUUACCGAGGGAGGCUCAAAGGCGAAGCUAUGA